ACACCCUGUAAUCUGACAGUGAAUCAGCUGUACACUUUGGCUCAUAAAUGGAGAGAAGUCAACUUUGGAUCUAAGGAUUAACAGGAGGAGAAAAAGAAAGGAACGACUGGAAACAGCCUGGGAAAAAUGCCUCCAAAAAGGAGAAACCAUGAAAUAGUUGAUGUUGAAAAUGUUGGGAUUGAUGUGGAUGCUGAGCCUGAGAGUGACAGUGAAGAAGAGGCAAGGAAAAGAAGUCGAAACAGGAGAUCUAAGUCGCAACUUAGAGCAAAGAAAAUCAGUGAAGACGAGGAUGACGAGGAGGAUGAGGAGGAGGAGACACCUAAACGACGAGGACGAAGGAAAGUGACCAAGACAGAUGAUGAUGAGGAUGAGACCCCUCAAAGACGAGGACGAAGGAAGAAGACCAAGAUCCAAGACAGUGAUGAAGAGGACGAGGGAGACAAACGAAGGGCAGCAAGGAAGGGAUCAAAAGCCACCAAGAAGAAAGCUUCUAAGGAAGAGAGCGAUGAGGAAAGUGAGGAAGAUAGAGUCAGCAGAAAAAAAGCUGGGAGAUCUGUGUCCAAAAAGGAGAAAGAGGAGCAGAAUAAUGGCAAGAAGGCAAAUGUGAAAGGGAAAGAUGAGGAGGAUAAGAACAAUAAGAAGAAAAAGAAGAAAAAGAUGAGCAGCAGCUCUUCCUCCUCUUCUUCAUCCUCCGACUCUGAUGAGGAAUCAUUGUCAGAGGGAGAAAUUGAAGCUCUGAAGGAACAGGUGGAGGAGAAGAAGAAGCUGAUUGCUACUUUAAGAAACAAACCAUGGCGCAUGCAGAAGAGGCUCUCACUGCUCAAGGAGGCCCAGGAAUUUGUUGAAAAGUUUGAAGGAGCUCUUGGGAAAGGGAAAGGCAGGAGACUAUAUGCUUUCAAAGUCAUGAUGACUAAAAAACUCAUCAAAUUUAAUCGUGAUUUUGAGAACUUCAAAACGGCCUGUAUACCCUGGGAGAGGAAGAUAAAGGAAGUAGAAAGUCAUUUUGGAUCAUCCGUAGCAUCAUAUUUCCUUUUUUUGAGGUGGAUGUAUGGUGUAAACCUGGUCCUUUUUGGGUUCAUGUUUGGCCUGGUGGUGCUCCCUGAGGUUCUUAUGGGUCUUCCUUAUGGCUCCAUUCCCAGGAAAACUGUCCCCAGAGAGGAACAGGAUACAGCGAUGGACUUCUCUGUCCUUCUCGACUUUGGGGGUUACUGCCAAUACUCUAUUCUGUUCUAUGGAUUCUACAACAAUGAUCGAACAAUCGGGCUGCUGAAGUUCAGACUCCCUCUGUCUUACCUCCUUACGAGUGUCGGUAUAUUCGGAUACAGCUUGUUGGUUGUCAUCAGAACGAUGGCUCGCAACGCCAACGAAGGAGGAGACGGGGGAGAAGAGGGGGACUUCAUCUUUAGCUGGAAGAUGUUUACCAGCUGGGACUAUCUGAUAGGAAACCCAGAGACUGCAGACAACAAGUAUGCAUCCAUAACCACCAGCUUCAAGGAAUCGAUUGUAGAUGAACAGGAGAACCAAAAAGAUGAGAAUAUCCACCUUCGGCGUUUCCUCAGGGUUUUUGCAAAUUUUCUGAUCCUGUGCAGCCUCGGUGGCAGCGGAUAUCUCAUCUACUUUGUGGUGAAACGUUCUCAAGACUUUGCUAAGGUGGACCCCAAAACCCUUACGUGGUUUGAAAAAAAUGAGGUGGAGUUUGUGAUGUCACUGCUGGGGCUUGUUUGUCCUCCUCUCUUUGAAACCAUCGCAGAGUUGGAAGACUAUCAUCCUCGUAUUGCCCUUAAAUGGCAACUGGGACGCAUCUUUGCCCUUUUCCUUGGAAAUCUUUACACGUUUCUCUUUGCACUCUUUGAUGAGGUUACAGCCAAGCUGGAAACUGAAAAAUCAAUCAAGAAUGCCACUGAAUGGGCUUAUCAGCAAUACUUCGCCAACUACAGCUUGUUCUACAACACCACAGAUGUGCCACCUCCAAAUGUGGCCCCUGCAGAUGUCAUCAGGGGUCCCUGCUGGGAGACUGGAGUUGGACGAGAAUUUGUGAAGCUUACUGUUUCAGAUGUGCAGGUUACCUAUUUGACUAUCCUUGUUGGUGACUUUGCACGUGCCGUCAUUGUCCGCUUCCUCAACUAUUGCUGGUGCUGGGACCUGGAAGCUGGAUUUCCUUCAUAUGGAGAAUUUGACAUCAGUGGAAAUGUCCUAGGUCUUGUCUUCAAUCAAGGAAUGAUAUGGAUGGGAGCAUUUUAUGCUCCUGGUCUAGUGGGCAUCAAUGUCCUGCGGCUCUUGACCUCCAUGUAUUAUCAGUCCUGGGCAGUGAUGGCCUGCAAUGUUCCUCAUGAGCGAGUGUUUAAAGCCUCACGCUCCAAUAACUUCUACAUGGGCUUGCUGCUGCUGGUGCUGUUUCUUAGCCUGCUUCCUGUUGUAUACUCAAUGAUGACAUUGGCCCCAUCCUUCGACUGCGGACCAUUCAGUGGUCAAGAGAAGAUGUAUGAUGUGGUAAUAGAGACUAUUGAGCAGGAUCUACCAGCUUUUAUUGGGAACAUCUUUACAUAUGCCAGCAACCCUGGGCUCAUUAUGCCUGCUAUCCUCCUUAUGAUAUUGGCCAUCUACUAUUUGAACACAGUGUCAAAAGCAUACCAACAAACAAAUAUUGACCUGAGGAAGAAGAUGAAAAUGGCUCGAGAAGAUGAGAAGAAUAGGAGGAACAACAAGGACAGCACUAAUCAAGUAAUGAAAGACUUGGAAGACCUGCUGCCAAAUAAAUCUCUAGCGCCGCCUCCAGCUGAGGAGGAGAAAGUUUCUGAGGUUGUAGUUGACAAGCACAGCAAAUCAACUAAGACAAAGCCUGGCACAGCAGGAAAAGGAGUGAAUGUACAAAAGGAGGUAUCGCUGGCUGCCCCCAACCCUAAGGGGCCAGUCACCCGGGCCCCUGGGCCAAGAGGAGGGCUUCCUGGAAACAUGAGGUCGCCUCAACCAGGCCCUGGAAGAGGCAGAGGUCAGACUGCAGCUCCAAGAAGAUGAAAACAUGACAACAGAUAAAAUGGCCGACUCCAUGGAAAGAGGAAAAACAAUGUGUCAUUUUUUUUCUUAUUAAAUGGACCCUUUUGUAUGUUUGUCAAAUUUUCACAU